CCCCCUUUCAAAAAUGAUACCUUCCUGCAUGAGCAAGUUCCAAAGUUCAUCGAUGUCGUGACUUUUGCAUUUUAUCGAAAGUUUUGUAGUGUAGUUUUCCGUGCCCUCUGUCUACCUGUGACGAUGUAAUAUUUACACUAAGGGUGGAGCACUGUCUUGUGUCACGAACAGAAAGAAUUCCCAAGCUGAAAGCUACUGUUGAGAACUUCACACCACGGACAGCAUGGAGAUCGACCAAUCAGUGUUGGAGCAGCUGCCCCUGGAGCAGCGCCGGCGCCUGGUGCGGCGGAUACGACAGGACCAGAUCCGCGCCUACAUGGAGUGGGAGAAAUCGGGCGGAGCCAGGAUCCCCGCCCGCAGACAGAGGAGGGACAACAGGAGGAGGACUCAGGUGGAGUUUGGAGCGGAGACAAUUCUACAGGAAGCAGUGGCCAGGUUUGAUGACAUUGAAGUUUUGAAGCUACUGGACAGUGGUGUGGACCCCAACACAGCGGGGUCAACCGGGGUCACUUUACUUCACCAGUGUUGUAAGGACAAUAACGUGUCUACUGCUGAGAUCCUGGUGCAGAAGGGGGCAGGGGUCAACUCACUGGACAAUGACCUCUGGACACCCCUACACAUGGCCUGUGCCUACGACUGUCCUGAGAUCGUUCAUCUUUUACUCAUGAACGGUGCGGACACAUCCCUGAUGGACAUAGACGGGAACUUUGCCCUGGACCACGCCCCUGUGGGGUCAGAGGUCAGACAGAUUCUCCAUAACCACAUGCAACAGAAAGGCCUGUCUGAGGCAGCCCUGAGCGGAAUCCGACAGCGCAGUAUGCAGGCCAUGCUGACAGAUGUACAGGGGCUCAUCAAACAGGGGGAGCAGCUAGAUGUGCCCAAUGGCUUCGGUGCCACUCUGUUGCACAUAGCCAGUGCCAAUGGGUACAGUGAAGUAGUAAAGGUUCUGCUGGAGAACAGCUGUAAGGUGGAGGCAGUAGAUGAGGAUGGCUGGACGGCACUGCACGCAGCAGCAAGAUAUGGACAUCUGAAAGUGGUGAACCAACUGCUGAAAGCCGAUGCUAACCCCCAUGUGAAGACUUAUAAUGGUGCUAAACCUGCUGACCUAGCAGCCACAGAGAGAAUUGAGGAGGUUCUAAGAAAGGCAGAGCAAGACUUUAAGGAGUCACCCACAGAGCAGGACAUCGUGGCCAAGGCCUUCGAGUUUCUGGACGAAGUCAAGAGUUUUGAGCAGCUGAAGAAAGAAAAGGAAGACAUGGGAGGGUCCCUGGUCAGGAUCAACAGCAAGACCAUUCGUCCCAGACACCUGUCCAUCUCUAAGGAGGACAAGUUAGGAGAGGCACAGACUCUGCUGCAGGAGAUGCAGCUGUCCAGGGGGGAGGGGGGCAGCCCGACACAGGGGGACCAGACUGUCAGGAGGAACAUCACAUUUGACAAGGCCAUCCUCCCCUUGGUGAGCCCCACAGAUGACCUGGCCAGCCUGCCUGACCUAACAGAAGACAUCCUGUUGAAGGAGAUGCAGAGGAGAUACAAAAGACAACAGAUUUAUACAUAUAUUGGGGAAAUCCUUGUUGCAAUAAACCCUUUUAAGGAGUUACAGAUCUAUUCAAUACCGGCUUCAAUGUUGUACAAAAAUGUUGUUACAAGAAAUAGCCUGCCCCCUCACAUAUACGGAACGGCAGAUGCCAUUUACCACAGUCUGGUUGUGGAGAAACUCCCACAAUGCUGUGUGAUCAGUGGAGAGAGUGGUGCUGGGAAGACAGAGUCAGCCAAGUACAUGGUGAACCAGUUCCUGAGGUUGGCAGAUUGUGAAGAGGGAGAGCUGAACCUGAAAAUAGAACAGGCCAACCCUCUACUGGAGGCCUUUGGGAACGCCCAGACCACCAUGAACGACAACUCCAGCCGCUUUGCCAAGUACCUGGAGCUCAUCUUCAGUAGGGAGGGGAGAGUGUUAGGAGCGGGGAUCUCCCAUUAUCUGUUGGAGAAGUCGCGGGUGGUGUACCAGAACCCAGGGGAGAGGAACUUCCACAUCUUCUACCUGAUGUUCGCUGGACUGUCCCCUGACGAGUACAACCUGUACGGGCUGCAGGGCCCGCAGUACCACAGGUACUUGAACAGAAGUGGGUUUGACCUCCGGACCAUGAUGACCCAGACUGCCAAGGACAAAAUGGACAAGUUCAGACAAAGUCUUCAGACGGUCGGCUUCAACAAAGAUGAUGAGGAUAACCUACUGACCUGUCUGUCUGCCGUCCUUCACAUCGGAGAUAUACAGUUUAUCCCCUCUGCUAACAAUGAUGUAGCCCAAGUCAUCAACAUGGAGGUGCUCAGCAAGGUUUCGGAGAUGAUCCAAGUGCCUUCAGAAGAACUGGACUCCGCCCUCACAUCAGAGAUCACUGUCACCAGAGGUGAGGCUAUCAGACGUCAGAGGGAUGUGUACCAUGCAGGAGACUGUAGAGACGCCCUGGCCAAAGCCCUGUAUGCCAGACUAUUUGGCUGGGUGGUCAAUGGUAUCAACCACCUACUGCAGCCUCUGGAAGAUAGUCCUGAAGACACCCUGGAGGUAGGAGUUCUGGACAUCUUUGGGUUUGAGGAUUUCUCCAGGAACAGUUUCGAGCAGCUGUGCAUCAACUUAGCCAACGAACAACUGCAGAACUUCUUCAACAAGCAUGUCUUCCAACAGGAGCAGGAAGCGUACCAAUCAGAAGGGGUCACCAUGGAGCUGGUACGCUUUGUGGACAACAAACCAACUGUGGAUCUCUUCCUACAGACAUGGGAUGUGGACACUGUCGUGAUAAAGCGAUGGAAGCCGACGGGUAUCCUGUCAGUGUUAGAUGAGGAGAGCCACUUCCCCAAGGCUACUGACUUCUCCCUGGCCACCAAACUGCACCGUACGGCAGGACACACGGCACCACACAUCUACAUUGUACCCAGGGACGCUGGCGCCAGUUUCUCCAUCACACACUACGCUGGCAGGGUGACCUAUGACGUGAAUGGUUUCUUGGAAAAGAACAGAGACACCCUUCCCAAUUCUGUGCUCUUGGUUUUAAAGACGAGCAGCAGCCUGUUGAUACGUGAGAUGUUCCAGAGCCGUAUGACGAGGACAGGUUCUCUCGCGCCCAGCGCCCGCCAGCUGCAGUCCAGACGGGUCAUCAAACCCAACCAAUCACCAUUCUCCUUCUUCAGGAAGAGGAGCUCUGUGCACCAGUCAAAGUUGCACCGACCAGUAUCUGCAGCCCUGAGCAGUGAAAGAAAGGGACCAGCUACAGUCGCGUUUCACUUCAAGAACUCCUUGUCAGAGUUGAUAGCCAAGAUGUCCUCAUCCAGGCCUCACUUUGUGCGCUGUAUCAAGCCUAACACAGGGAAGCAGCCUGACAGUCUGGACCCGGGCUAUGUCCUUACACAACUCAGAUACACAGGAGUGUUGGAGACUGUACGUAUCAGAAAGCUGGGCUUUCCUAUCAGACUGCCAUUUCAGGACUUUCUGGACAGAUACCCUGCCUUGACUAUGUGUGCAGUGGCACCUGACAGUGAGGACACAGCUGUCAGCAGGUGUAAGCAGGUGCUGAAGUACUGUAAGCUGCAGCAGUAUCAGCUGGGUCGUACCAAGGUGUUCCUGAGGUACUGGCACCCUGAGCAGCUGGAGUCUAUCACUGUCAACCUGCAGGAGAAGGUGGUCAUCUGCCAGAAAGUUGGGCGGGGUUACCUUGCCAGAAGAGACUACAGAUCGCUACUGAGCACCAAACAGACCCAGCAGAAAUAUGUGUCCAAAUUCCUUCAGUCUGUCGAGGACUAUGGAUCCAAGGUGAACAACGACAUUUUGCGGCUCUGUUCCAUAGACUCUCUACGCAGCAAUGCCCGGAUGAGCGUCGUGGCCCGUAAUGUCGGAAACACGAACUCUGUUGCCCCAGAUAUUGGUGAUUCUAAACUACCGGACCCAGAUAUCAUCAAGGAAGGGUCCAUUCGUGCCAUGUACCCCCCUCCCACACCUAGAAUUGCCUUGGCAACAUUGUCGUCACUCCUGCCCCCCUCCCCACCACCCCUUCUGAAGAAGAAGUCUAGAGAAACCAGUGAUUUUCCACCCCCUCCUCCAACCUCUGAUGGUGAUGAUGAUGACUACAUGCCUCCACCACCGCCAGUGGAUUCCAUGGACUUGGUAGAUUCCAUGGAUCUCCCUCCUCCCCCAGAGGAAUUCUUAGAUGCUGAGAAUUCCCCACCAGAAGAUGUCUUUGUUGCACCGUCAGAUACAGCAACACAAGCAAACCAGACAACAGCUGGCAAGACACAGCAGGGACAGGAAAACUGGAAAGAGCAGUGGCAUCAACAUGUACAGCACAUCCACCAACAGCACUCACAGCAGAGUCUUUCUGCUGUCCCUCCCUCCUCAACAACCAACCAGGAAAACAACUCUGCAAGGACUAGAAAUGUGACAAGGCCGUCGGGCAAGCCUCCCCCUGCCCCACCCAAGAGGAGUCCUGAAACUCGCCUCAGCACAUACCUAGCAGAUGCGGAAACGCCUGUUUCUCCAAAUUCUACAAGUCAUCAAGCAUUACAAACUAAAAAGAGGAGCCCUUCCCAUGACUCCAAAACUCCACACAACAUUCCUACUGAAGAGGUUAGGUCUCCAAAUGAGGUCCAAAAGCCUAGAGUUACAAGCAACCCACCUGAUGUUGUCCCCAAUGAACAGAACAUCCCUCCGCCACCUAAGGAGCCUGCCCCCCUCCCCCCUCCUGUGCCUGACAAGAAAAAGUGGCGCAUGACAGACAUUCCAAGAACGAAGAAUCCGCCUCACAUCUUCCCUCUCAGAAGCGCACAGUCUGCAUCAGAGCUGUCUACUCUACCUUCCCCACCCCCUGGAGUGCCACCACCACCCCCAGGCCCUGCACCUCAGGUACCCGACAAAGUGAGGAAAACUAGCCGACCGAUAUCCUUGGUUAUCACUCAGAAUGUCCAUGAGGACAGCAUGCCCAGUGUAAUGUCCAGUAUGCCCAUCUCCCUCCGGCCAGUGUCAGUCCCAGAAUCCCCCAGGACAAAGCAGCCUUCUGUCCCAUCAUCCCCUGGUGCUGACCGCCUCCCUCCCCCUCCGCCAGACUUCCUGCCCCCGCCACCCCCAGGGAGAAGUUCAGGGGUCGCUCCCUCAAGGGCGCCUCCCCCACCCCCUGGUGGUCCUCAAAAAAUGCCUCCCCCACCCCCUGGUGCAGGCCGAGGAUUGCCACCUCCACCACCCACAGGAUCAGGUCAUGCUGUGCCUGCACCACCCCCACCCCCUGCACCUGCUGCAGGCACUGAGACUGGUGGGGGUGGGGGACUGCUGGCAGCCAUCGCUAAUGCCAAGCUGAAGAAAACAGAAGCUGAUGUGGCGUCAGACACGGGCAGCAAGAACUCCCGACGCAGUUCCUCCACCAGUUCAUCUGACUCCCAUGAUGCACUGCUGGCAGAGAUUCAGGCUAAAGUGGGUCAGAGGAAGGCAGGCACCAGACCAGUCCAGCCUGCUGGCCCGGGAGCGACCAUUGUUGUUGACUCAAGAGUUCCCCCCCACCAGCCAAAUGGUCACAUCCCAGGGAGUGUAGAGUUGAACCAGGGGAAGAGUUUACCUGUUCCAACUGAAGGGGUGGUAAAGAAGCCUCCACCUGCCCCUCCAAAACCCAAACUGAAGCCUGAUGAAGAGUUUGAUCCUUCCAAUCUGAAGGUUGUGGACAUACCAGAGGAUCUCCCUGCAUGGAAGAAAGCUCUGUAUGAAAAAAGGAACCAACAAGUCUUGGAGGCUUUAGAGCAGCAGAAGGAGGUUGAAGACAAGUGGGCCAAUGUGCCAGACUGGAAGAGAAAACUGCUGCAGGAGAAACAGCAGAAACAACAGGAGGUGAGAUCGGAAGAAGACGAAGUCAAAAGAAAAGAAGAUGAGAGGAAGAAGAAAUUGGCGGCCAUGCCCACGUGGAAAAGAAACCUUGUCAAGAAAAAGAUGGAGAAAUCAAAGGAAGCCGAGCCCAAAGAUCAGGAGACCAAACUACCAGAACCACCGAGGGAGGAAGUAGAACCAGAGAGAACAGCACUCUAGAUGAACAGUAGAUAGAACAGCAGAUGGGUCAGACAGGGGUUCUUUUGGUGGUAUUUUGCAGCCUCUCUACACAUGAUGCACACUAGCGAGAGGUUGAAAAUAACAACAAAACUAGAAAGGCAACAUUUGCAAACAAAUCCAUAAUGUUUACUGCCAGGUGGUAUAGACUAACGUUUAACUACUGCUCUGUUUACUCUUACUCAGACACAUUCAUACAUUUUGUAUAUAUGGUGACCAGCCUUUCAGCUUUGUCCUGCC